AUGUCAAUUUUAUUUUCUGAAACUGAAAAAGGCAAGCCAGUUCUGAUUGAGAACGGUUUUGAUUACAUUCAAGAACGUGCUCAUGAAAAUAAAAUAUACUGGCGAUGUACACCAUGCAACAAACAAAAAUGCAAAGCUAGAUUGCAUACAACUAAUAACACAAUUUGUUAUCGAGUUGGCGACCACAAUCAUGCUCCAAAUCCGAGUAUAAGUGGAAUUCGUCAAUGUCGUUCUGAAAUUCGUGAUCUGUGUAAGACAACAAUCACCACACAUUCAAUUGUUGCAGCAUCAAUUGCUACAGCAUCUACUGCAGUGUUAAGCCAGCUUCCACCUAUCAACAACUUGAAACGUACCAUCUGUCGAAGACGUGCUGCAAAUCUAAAUUUUCCAGCAAAUCCUCGAUCAAUAUCAGAAAUACAUAUAAACGGUUCAUUUGCUCUUACAAAGAAAAAAGAACAAUUUUUACAGCCUCUGUUUAAACCCAGUUCAUUUCUCAUUGAUUUUGAAUCAGGAGCAAUGAAAGCUAUCAAUUCCUGUUGGCCUCAAUCAAGUGUUCAUGCUUGUUUCUUCCACUUGACACAAAACAUCUAUCGACAAGUUCAAAAAGCAGGUUUCACAACUAAAUAUGGGAACGAUGAAGAAUAUGCACAUGCAGUACGAAUGCUGCCUGCAUUAGCAUUUUUGGAAACAAAUGAUAUCUAUUCGGCAUUUGAAGAUAUUGGUAAUCUACAGGUUUCAGAUCUUGAUCCAAUUUACAAUUAUUUUGAAGAUUACUACAUAGUGACUGUUUCAACAUUUACCGAGAUCGUCAAGAGACGAUUUUUGACUGGCUAUACACUUUCUAACGAAGAAAAAUAUGAACAUAUAAGUUCAUGUUACACACAUCUACAAUGUCAUCGUGGUCCGUUACCGGCAUGUCUUGAUUGGCGUGAAAUAUGCGAUGGAAAAGUAGAUUGUUUUGAUGGUGGACAAGAUGAACAGAAUUGUUGGCAACUUGAAAUGAACGAAUGUGACAAUAAUAAUCAGUAUCGAUGUCAUAAUGGUGCACAAUGUAUACCGAAUACAUUUUAUAAUGAUAACAAAUAUAAUCCUGACUGUUUAGAUGGAUCCGAUGAAGAUUAUUCCGAGUUAGAAAACCGAUUUUCCUCCUGUCAUCAAGAUCCGACUUUUCGAUGUGAAGAACACAUGUGUCCAAGAUCAGAUCUAUUCUCAUGUGGUGAUGGUAACUGUGUUCCUAUUAUGAUUCCGAAUUAUGGCGAUGAUUGUCGUAAUUUUCGUGAUAUUCAAUUAUCGGAAUCCAUUGUUCGGUACAAGGAAUAUACACAUUUGUCCUCAGAAUGUUGGUGGAUAUUGAUUUAUGGAAUCGAUGAUUGCUUUGCUGGUGAAGAUGAAACAUUCAAGAAUUCGUGUUCAUUGAAUGAUGUUUAUCGUUAUCAUUGUCCCGAUACAGAUGACAAUUGUAUUUCACCUAUUCUCGUACGUGAUGGUGAAGAGAAUUGUGAAGGAGAUGAAUUGACACUGGUCGAACGUGCACGUCACGAACGACCACAAUGGCCGUUGUUAUGCGAUACGUAUGAAGAUAUUGAAAAAUCUGAUCGAUACAACGAAACUGAUGAAACAAAUUGUGACGCUAGUUAUUGGCCAUGUAAUAACAUUUAUACGCAUUGCGAUGGUACUUGGAAUUGUCCGAACGGUGUGGAUGAAAUCGAUUGCCCAUCGAAUUCAAUCUGUUCACCAAACGGACACUUGUGUCUGUCUCUUGUUACAUACGAACUCACUUGUCUACCUUUAUCAUUAGCUGGUAAUGGAAAAGUCGAUUGUCGAGGUGGUACCGAUGAACGCAUGUAUUGUCGUAGAAAUUUGUCUAUUCCAAUGGAUUCCAUUCGAUAUAGAUGUCGAAAUUCAACCACAUGUACGUCUAUGAAUAAUGUUUGUCCUGAUGCACCUCUUCCCGGUGAAACAGAUCAAUGUUUUUGUCCGCCAAGUUACUUCGGCAAUCGAUGUCAAUAUCAGAAUCAACGAAUUAGUCUGACGAUUCAAUUUCGUCUAACUCAGGAGCCUGAACGACAGACUGUAUUUCACAUUCUUAUUCUAAUCAUUAGCAAUAACGAGUCUCGAUAUGUUCAAUCUUCUGAACAAAUUAUCUAUAUUCCUAUGUAUGAUUGUAUGAAAAAAUUUAAUAUUUAUCUUCUCUACCCAUCGAUUCCGAAAGAUUCUACGAAAAAUUAUUCGAUUCAUAUUGAUGCAUUUGAUAAGACAUUAUUGAUGUAUCGAGCCAGUUGGUAUUUGUCUAUUCCAUUUCAAUUUCUACCUGUGAAUCGUCUUGCAACUCAAUUAACUAUUCCACGAAAAGCUCUAUCGAGUUGUCAUAGACAAUGUGGUUUACAUGGUCAAUGUACAAUGUAUGUUAACACAGAUAAAUCAUUUUGUCGAUGCGAUUCAGGUUGGUCAGGAAAAUUGUGUAACAUUGCACAGAAUUGUACUUGUUCAUCCAAUUCAUUAUGUAUCGAUGGAUCCAUUUGUGUAUGUGGACUUGAUCAUUUUGGUCCGCAUUGUCUUCUUACUCGAUCUGUAUGUUCAACAGGUAACAUUUGUGCAAACGGUGGUCUGUGUGUUCCGGUCGAUCAACGUAUUGCUGAAGGCCAAUCGACUUGUCUCUGUACCGAAGGAUUUUCUGGUCCAACUUGUGAACAAUUGGAUAGUAAAAUAACGCUUUCAUUUGAUGGCAUAGCUAUUCCAUCGUCUAUUCUUCUUCAUUUCGUUCGAAUAUUUGAUGGUAAUGCACCACAUGAACGUACAACUAUAUUCAAAAAGAUUCGAAUAGAUUAUGAGACGAUUUCUAUAUAUCGAUCUGAUCCAUUUCAUAUUUUAUUUACAGAAUUUUUCAAUAAUUAUUAUCUUACUAUUCUUCAACAAAAUGAAAUCAUAUCGAACAAUAUAUCAACAAUAGUUCUUCCUUCUCAUCGUUGUCGUUUUAUAGAUGAAUUAUUAGAUAAAACUCGACUCGUUCAUCCGAUUCUUCGACGAAUAAAAUAUUAUCAUUCAAUCUGUCGAGAAUGGUCCGAUUUAUCAUGUUUCUACGAUUCAAUCUAUAUGUGUUUGUGUACUAUCGAUCGUCAAGCGAAUUGCUUCGAUUUCGAUCAUAAUAUGAUUUACGAUUGUGUUGGUCAAAAUCAUUGUGAAAAUGAUGGACAGUGUUUUCAGGAUCAUCCGUCAUGUCCGACUACAUCGAUUUGUGCAUGUAAACAAUGUUAUUUCGGUUCAAAAUGUCAAUUAUCUACACAAGGUAAUUGGCUAAAUGCAUGUGUAGCUAUUGAACGAACAUUAACAGUUUUCAAAGGAAUCGAUUUUAAUAAGAAGAAAAGUCGACGAAUUGCUAAAUGGAUUAUUUUUAUUCUUAUUCUGCUCACAAUUAUUUCACAUAUUCAAGAUCCAAUUCAUCGACAAUUAAUUGACGAUGAUGAAGAACAACGAACAUGGUGCAUUGUUAAGUAUUCUCAUCUUAUUCACGUUAUUGAUUCAACAAUCAAUAUAAUCCAUAUUAUUGUUCCAUUUUGUAUUAAUUUCAUUUCGGCUCUAUUGAUUAUUAUUAUAACAGCACGAACAAAAUCGAAUAUUUACACUGAACAAACCUAUAAGCAACAUCUUCGUCAACAAUUUAAAAAAAAUAAACAUCUACUUAUAUCAUCAUUUAUUCUUAUUCUUCUCGCUUUACCUCGUCUCAUUAUUUCGUUCGUUUCGAAAUGUAUGCAAUCGGCUCGUGAUCCAUGGCUUUUUCUUAUUGGCUAUUUUGUCUCAUUUAUUCCACCUAUGCUUCUCUUUUUUGUAUUUGUGCUUCCAUCAGAUGUCUACAAAAAAGAGUUCUAUAAAUCAAUCAAACGAGUAACAACAGUCCUUCGAUAA